AUGUCUCUGAUUCUCAACCAGCCCCCGAAGCUAUGCUUGCGGAAACCAGUGUUGGUAAGAUGCUCUCCUCAUCACUCUGAUGGUUCCUCAUCUGCUUCAUGGCUGCAAUCGCAAACCCUUCCUUAUUCCAUCUUCUGCGCUGAUCCUUGUAGACCACAUCUCAUAAGAGUGGUUUACAGGACGUGGGAUGGUGACAUGAAACCUCUUGAGUACGAGAGGCCUAGUAAUUUUAUGGAGGUAACGAAUCUGAUAGGAUCAUCCAAUGGAUGGAUAACGGCUUUGGUGGACGGCAUUGUGCGUAUCCGGGAACACCCGCCUCCACCGGGGAAGCGUCUAAAUGUCAUUUCGUUACCUCCUCAUGAAACUCUGCCUCUAUGCCAAACCCAAAUGGUCACCAACGUGGCAAUGUCCUCAUCUUCUCCAGAGGACGAGGACUGUGUUGUGGCUGUCAAGUUCUUGGGACCUCAACUAAGCAUUUGUAAACCGGCUCAAAGUAACGCCGAGUGUGUAGGGGGACGGUUUGCACCUUCCUACAAGGCCCACCAAAUAGCAGGAUCCGGCCCAUUACAACGUAAAGAGCUCAGCGAGUAA